AUGCCACACUCUGUGUCCCUAUUACUAGAGUACUCUCUUCCCAUUCAUCCUUUCUACCUGUUCAUUAUGAUUCAUGACCAAAAAAAAAAAAAAAGAGGAAACAAUGGCCGUGCCAAAAUUGGCCGCAGCCAUGUGCAGCCAAUUUGCUGCACAAACUGUGCCCAGCACAUGCCCAAGGACAAGGCUAUUAAGAGGUUGGUCAUUCGGAACAUUGUAGAGGCCACUGCUGUCAGGAACAUAUCUGAAGCAAAUGUCUUCGACGUUUAUGUGCUUCCCAAACUCUAUGUGAAGCUGCAUUACUGUGGUGUUCAUAGCAAGGAAGUCAGGAAUCAAUCCUGUGAAGCCUGGAAGGACAGAACACCCCCACCAUGAUCGAGACCUGCUGGUGCUGCACCAUGACCUGAACUAAAGCCCAUGUAA